UCCAUUCCCGUUUGCUCUAUAGCCUGCAGACUCCUCCAAUCCUCUUCCCACUCUUUGUUACUCGAUCUAUGGCGGAUUGUCUUGCUUCGCCUUCCCGUGCAUUCGGCCGCUGACCUGCAGCACUCACGCUGCCAUCCGCCUCUGUUUCGGAUCCUGAAGACAAGAGGAGCUCACACUCUCAGCUACUACCCACUGUCAACAUCUUUUGGACGCCUUUCGUCCUGUCGAACGUCUGUUGUCUCUCCCUCAAACCGCAUUGUUUCUCCUACGGCCUCAUGUCCGCCCUGGAGGUUCCCGAGACCGGGUUGUCUCUCCGUCGGGACAACCACAGCAAUGAUGCGGCAGCAAAACCACCUCAAAUAAUGCGAUUGAAUCUCGCGCAGAGCACACUCGACGAACUUAUUCAGAGCCUUCGCAACGACCAAACAGCUCGGCUUCGCCUCGGAAAACAUCCGUCCCUCCACUACGGCACCAAAUCCCAUUCGUUCCACUCCCGUCUCGAAACGCACCGGUCCGAGCUCUACACUAGCAAUGCCGCUGAUAAAGAGAACCUAUAUUUUUCGGGUGUUUUGAGUCAUAGCUUGGAGGUUCAGAAGGCCAAGGAGGCUACCGCAGCCACAGAUCAGGCAUUAGCCAACCUCGAGCAAAGCUUGAAUGCCUUUGAAAGGGGAAAGGGCAAAACACACUUCAUCAAUGCUGGUGAUGAUGUACGAGCUCUCCGGGCGGGGGACAGUCGGUCUAGCACCGGCAAGCAGGCCGCCCGCCUGGCUCGCAGCAAGGUGGAACUGGAGAAAGACAGAUUGCUCACUGCUGCCAAUCGGUCGGUAUCGUCGAGCCCGGCUCUGGGAGUGGCUCGAUCUCCGGGAGGUCCCUUCACCCCUCUCACGCCCACCUCUGCACCUCUUUCUCAGAAUAAAGACCGGAUUCGCCUCGAAGCCCUCAAGGUCCCCUUCAUCCACCUCCUCGCUAUUCGCGCCGUGUCCGCCCAGUUCCUGGCGCGCCAGACCCGUUCCUCCCUCGAAGACUGCGAGACAUUGGCCCGGAAAUAUGGCCUGGAGAACCGAAUCAACCCGGAGAAGUACGACCUGAGAGAUAAAUCCUACAAAGAUCUCGACGUCUGGAAGUUUCCGUACCCGUCUCAGGAGGACCGGCAGGAGGCAAUUGACAAUGCUAUCUCUGCAUUCGAUCGCAUGCGGAUCUCUCGCUCGGACAAGCUCUGGCAGAUGCUUCUGCCGAAAGAGGAACGGGGUAAGGGCAAGUGCCUUUCGCGGCUGGACUUGCGAACAGGCCCCAUUAAGAAGGCCCUGACCCCUCGGAUACAAGUGCAACCGUCCGAUGACAAUGGCAAAGACGGCUACACCACCGGCCAAGAUACCGACAAGGGCAGUGCAUCUGGCCUCACCCCCAGAGCUGGGGAGCCUACAUCAGCUCCCAGGUCUGUGCCUACCGUGGCCAAGAAGCGGGUUGGUGACAAGGAUACUCCGCUGAAGCGCUCAACCCCCAAAGUCAAGGCUGCAGCAAAUAGUACAUUGACCGGUCGUGUGACAAAGAAGGCUGAGCGGAAACCCGCCGGAAAACCGGAUACCAAGUUUAAAUCAGCGGAAUUUGUACACGAUUCUGAUGAGGACGACACGGAUAUGCCUGACGCCUCGUCCGCAGAGAAGCCACCGGCAGAGCCCUUCAAACUUCAACCACAAACCAAGCCUGCCAGCAAGCCGGUCGAGACAGCUUCGAACAGGGAACUGUCACAUGUGCCGACCCCCAAGGUGGAGCACCCGGACCCUAUAAUCAAAGCGGACUCUUCUCCUCAACUUGCUAGCAAACCUCCUGCUGCGAAGAGACCCCCUUCCGCGCGGCCGCCUGCCCAAAAGUCCCCUGUGAAACCGUCGCCGCUUGGAUCGUCGCCCCCAACGAAUGCCUCUGAUGUCCCAAGUCGCAGCCGCUCGUCAAGCCAGAAUAAUUCGUCUAGUUCCUCCUCUUCUCCGCUCAUCACUCAAAUCUCCAAGCCAACCCGACCUCUCGCAGCGGCUGCCCCCACAAUUCGAAAAGUGACAAAGCCGAAUGGGGUGGCCAAGCCGUCCGAGCUUGCGAAUCCGUUAAAACGCAAGGCAGAAUUAGAUCGACCUUCAUCCCAUACUCCAGGCCAGGGUCGGACUACUGGCGACUUGGAGCAUAAGAGGCGCCGGGCAGUAAGCACGUCCAGUGGCAGUACUGGCAGUGCUUCGCCACCCCUUAGUCGUGAACUGCUCAUGCAGCAGCUACAUGAGAAGUCGCGCAAGUUCAAACAAUACUAUGCCAAGUACUACGCGCUUCAUGAAUCAUUAGCGUCGCAAGCGAAACCGUCUCAGGUAGACAUCGACCGCCUUCAGAAGCAACAUGUUCGGCUGCAGAGGAUGAAGAAGGAGAUCUGGGACGAAGACCGACGGCUGAGGGAUUGACACUGACGACGGCGCAUUGGAUAUCGCCGUGGACUCGAUGUCUUACGUUUUGUCUUGGAUAGAAGGCCCGGAUCAUUCACAGCACGGACCUUCAGGUGGCCAAUGAUCAUUGCUACUGAUUUUUGACACUGUAUGUUGAUUGCAUAACGAAGCAGAUCACCAGAAUGCUUCGGGGGCGUCUGCGAUGCUUAAUGUUUUUCCUUGCAUGUUUUUGAUGUUUUUCUUUUAUCGUUCUUUUCCUUUGUCUUGUUUAUAUGCAUAUCUGCACCACGAUGUCGCUAUCUCUUGGGAGUAGCGCCCGUGCAUGUAAGUGGAAUGAUUUAUUAAUACUAUGAUGCAAACUCAGCGGCCGGACUUGUCAUGGCGGCCGGGAAGCAAGGCAGCUGCAAGGAGUUAGUCCUGAGUAGGACAAACUUGCAGCAGCCUCGGGGAGGAAGAGCGGUAGAAUUAAACGAGAUAGGAAACCAAUGAGAAUACUGAUUGAUACGCCAGUCG